ACCAAAACCUGAAAGAUGUAGAAGAAAGCAAAAAACUACCAUUCGAAUGGAUAGAAGAUCCCUGCAAACUUCCAGCAUAAUGGUCAAGCUGUCAAAGACUAAUGAUCUGGAGCAGGGGCGGACUGACAACUCAUGGGGCCCCCGGGUAAUAGGGGAUCAUAGGGCCCCUGUAUCCUUGCCCAAACUCAAAAAAGCCUAUGAAAAGGUACCAGGAGAAUCUCAUAGGGCCCCCUACUGACCCUGGGCCCUCGGGCAGUGCCCGAGUUUCCAAAUGGUCAGUCCGCCCCUG